AUGGCUGCUACUACAAUGAAAGUUUCAUUUCCAGUUUUGAUGUUGCUGGGAAUUGUUUUCCUAGCUUCAGAGUGUGUCUCUUCUAGAUCUGAUCCAGAGAAUCCAUUUAUCUUUCAGUCUAAUAGUUUUCAAACUCUUUUUGAAAAUGAUAAUGGUCACAUCCGUCUUCUCCAAAAAUUUGACGAACGUUCUAAAAUAUUAGAAAAUCUUCAAAACUAUCGCCUUUUGGAAUAUAAGUCCAAACCACGCACCAUAUUUCUUCCACAACAAACCGAUGCCGAUUUCAUCCUUGUUGUCCUAAGUGGAAAAGCUAUACUCACAGUAUUGAAACCCAACGAUAGAAACUCUUUCAACCUUGAACGUGGAGAUACGAUAAAACUUCCUGCUGGCACCAUUGUUUAUUUGGUUAACAGAGAUGACAACGAGGAUCUUAGAGUAUUAGAUCUUGCCCUUCCCGUAAAUCGACCUGGACAACUUCAGUCUUUCUUAUUGUCUGGAAGUCAAAACCAACAGUCCAUCUUAUCUGGAUUCAGCAAAAAUAUUCUUGAGGCUUCCUUCAAUACGGGUUAUGAAGAGAUAGAGAAGGUUCUUUUAGAAGAGCAUGAUAAAGAGACACAACACAGAAGAAGCCUUAGGGAUAAGAGGGAGCAUAGUCAAGAAGAAGAUGUAAUAGUCAAAUUAUCAACGGGACAAAUUGAGGAAUUGAGUAAAAAUGCAAAGUCUAGUUCUAAAAAGAGUGUAUCCUCUGAAUCUGAACCAUUCAACUUGAGAAGUCGCAGCCCUAUCUAUUCCAACAAGUUUGGCAGAUUCUUUGAAAUUACCCCAGAGAAAAAUCCACAACUUCAAGACUUAAAUGUAUUUGUCAGUUCUGUGGAGAUUAAGGAGGGAUCUCUAUUGUUGCCACACUAUAAUUCAAGGGCCAUAGUAAUAGUAGCGGUUAACGAUGGAAAUGGAGAUUUUGAACUUGUGGGUCAAAGAAACGAGAACCAACAAGGGCAGAGAAAAGAAGAUGAUGAGGAAGAGGAACAAGGAGAAGAAGAGAUAAAUAAACAAGUGAAAAAUUAUAAAGCUAAGUUGUCUCGCGGAGAUGUUUUUGUAAUUCCUGCAGGUUAUCCAGUUGCCAUAAAAGCUUCCUCUAAUCUCAAUUUACUUGGAUUUGGUAUUAACGCUAAGAACAACCAAAGGAACUUUCUUGCAGGCGAGGAGGAUAAUGUGGUUAUCCAGAUACAUCAACCAGUGAAAGAGCUUGUAUUCCCUGGAUCAGCUCAAGAGGUUGAUAGGCUACUAGAGAAUCAGAAACAAUCUCACUUUGCAAAUGCUCAACCUCAACACAAGGAGAGAGGAAGCCAUGAAACAAGAGAUCCUCUAUAUUCAAUUUUGGAUGCUUUUUAA